AUGUCCUCUAUUACAGUAACCAGUGAGCAAAAACUCACUCUGGAGUCCAGCCAAGCGGCGCUGGCUACGCAGCCCCAAGACGGUCCUGCAGGUUUAGCAGCAGUAACCACCGGUGAAUACGAAUUUCCUGGGAUACCUAAGAUCGAUGACCCCUAUAAGAAACGGCAAUGGCAGCUCGAACAUAUGGCUGGUGCCUUUAGAGUCUUUGCGCGCCGCGGGUAUGGCGAAGGCACUUCUGGCCACAUCAGUGUUCGCGACCCCGUGGACCCCAACACUUUUUGGAUCAACCCAAUGGGUGUUCAUUUCGGCAUGCUCAAGGCCAGUGAUAUGGUGCAUGUGGAUGAGAAGGGCAGAGUCAUUGGCGGCAAUAAGGUUGCUGUUAAUGCUGCCGGCUUCAUGAUUCACAGUGCCAUCCACAAAGCCCGCCCCGACAUCAACGCCGCCUGCCAUACACACUCAAAGUACGGAAAGGCCUGGGCGAGCUUCGGUUUACCGUUAGACAUCAUCAGUCAGGAUACCUGCAACUUCUACGGCAUUCAGGCCGUGUAUGAUGACUUCAACGGUAUUGUCCUUGGAGACGCUGAAAGCCUUCGCAUCGCCGACGUCAUGGGUGAACAUGCCAAGGUAGUCAUUCUGCAGAACCAUGGCCUACUUACGGCCGGAGGCACAGUUGACGAGGCAGCAUAUCUCUUUACGCUUAUGGAGCGCUCAUGCGAGGUCCAGCUUAUGGUUGAUGCCUGCAAGCACGAGAAGAAGCUCAUCAACGAAGAGGCAGCAAAGUUUACUACCAAGGUCAAUGCUGACCCUGAAACACUUUACACUGAAUUUCAACCCGACUUUGAAUACGAGAUAUGGAAGUCUAAGGGGGAACUGUCUAAAGGAGAAUAG